UGGACUGGUACAAGGUGGUGUAUAAGGAUUUCUACGGGAAGAUCUCCAUCCGGGAGAAUCGCGAGGCGGGACUGUGCGGGAACGUGUGUCCGGGGAAUUGCGAGCGGUUCUAUGAUUCCGCCGGGGGGAUACAAAGACCCAUGUGCUGGACGGCCGGGGUGUGUCAGCAAGCGCCGCCCACCUGCAGCGGCGAGGGGGCCGGGGUGGCCGGCUGCUGUCACCGCAACUGCCUGAGCGGCUGCUACGGGCCGUCGCGCAACGAAUGCCUGGUGUGCCGCUCCGUCCACCAUAACGGCGCCUGCAUGGACGUCUGUCCCGAGUUCACCUACAAAUUAUCGGAUCGGCGGUGUAUUUCGGAGGAGCAGUGCCGAGCACACCGCGGCGGCACUUUCAAGCUGCACAGCGGAUCGGCGACCGCCGUGGGUAAGCAGUGCGUCCCGUCCUGUCCCAACCGCUUCACCGAUGAUCCCACCGAUAAGAACAAGUGCAUCGGCUGCAUUAAAGCCUGCCCCAAAGUUUGCACGAUGAAUAUCAGCAUCGGGACGGCAUCGGAAGCGGAGCAGCUAUACAAGCAGCGCUGCACGGUGAUCAACGGCAGUCUGGAGAUCCAGAUCGGCAAAGGCGACCAGAUGGUGGCGGCGCUGGAGCAGGCGCUGGAGGAUCUGGAGGAGGUGAAGGACUACAUCCGCAUCGCGCAGUCGCACGCCCUGGUCUCCCUGGGCUUCUUCAAGAGUCUGCGCGUCAUCCGCGGCGAGCGCCUCUACCUCGGCAGUUAUGCGCUGCAAGUGAUGGACAACCAGAAUCUGGAGAAUCUCAUCGAGUUCAAGGACCGCGCCCCGCUGGAGAUCACGAACAAGGCGGCCAACAUGUCCUUUCACUACAAUCCGCGGUUGUGCCUGUAUAAAAUCGAGGAUUUCCUCCUUCAAACCAAACACAGCAAAUUCUAUACCACCAAAGAUAUCAGUGAGACCUCCAACGGCGACCGCGUGGCCUGCAACAUCACCAAACUCACCAUCCUAUCCAUCAUGUACCAGUGGAACAACGAAGUGGAGGUGACCUUUAGCACCUUCCGCGAGCUGGAAGCGGGCGCGGACGAUUUCCGCGCGCUGCUGGGCUAUAUCCUGUAUUAUCGCGAGGCGCCGGGGAAGAACGUGAGCAAGUACGAAGGCCGCGACGCCUGCUCCUCCGACCUGUGGAAGCGCAUCGACGUCGGCCCGCACGACCUCGGCGAGCUGACCAAGUCCGCCGGCAUCGACGUCAAGAAGCUCAAACCCGCGCGGCAGUAUGCGGUGUACGUGACGACGUUUACGAUCAGUACGGAGCGGAAGGGCGGCCAGACGGACAUCAUGUACUUCACCACCCGGCCCAAGCAGCCCAGCAAGCCCCUGGAGGUCCGCACGGAGUCCGUCGGCCCGCACGACAUCAAAGUCUACUGGAAGCCGCCCAAGGAGCCCAACGGCCCGGUGACGUACUACCGCGUGCGCUGGUACAAGGCGCGCGCCCCCGCCGACCGCCUCACCGAGCGCAACUACUGCAAACAACCGAUCCAGCGUCCACGCAACUACUUCGAAGAACUGACCACCACCACCACCCCCCGGCCCGACCUGUGCCCCUGCAACGCCACCCUGGGGGGUCCCGGCGGCCCGGGCGCCGUCCAACGCCUCCCCGACGAGGAGAUGAUGAAGGACACCAUCGACAUGGAGAACUUCAUCCUGGACAACGUCUUCUACAAGGGCGACUUCGGGGGGCGAGCGCGCCGCGACACCGCCGCCGCGGGGCGCUCGCGGUGGGCGCGGCAGGUCACCGGCAGUGUCCUGCCGACCACCGGCGCCCCGCGGAACACCACCGCCCCCGCGGACGGGAAUGGGACGCUGCUGGUGACGAUUCCGCCGGGGCUGACGAUGCCGCCGGUGACCCUCCGCACCACCACGCCCAAUCCCAAGCUGGAGGCCCGGGAGACGCAGGUGCGUGAUGCGCGCGAGUGGCGCAUCCGCGGGCUGCACCAUUUCACCGAUUAUGUCAUUUCGGUGUUUGCGUGUCAUGAGCCGUCGUCGGAGCCGUCGGACCAGAACAACAGCUACAUGUACCCGCUCUGCUCGGAUGAGGCCUUCGCCAAUCCCAGCCAAACCCUCGCCAAACGCGGCGCGGACGACAUUCCCUCGGCGAGUGUGCGCGUGUCGCUGAACGAGGUGAACAGCAGCAGCGCCGGCGCCGGCGGCAAUCCCGACGAGGUGGCCGUCGCGCGCAACGUGCACGUGUACUGGAAGGAUCCCCACCAGCCCAACGGCGUCAUCGUCACCGUCGAGAUCGAGUACCAUCUCGUCGACAAAGAGAAUAAAUCGAAGAUGGAGUGUAUUCCGCGCACGCAGCGCACGGCCAGCCACGCCAUCCUGGAUUUCAGUCACGCGGCGGCGGGGAAUUAUUCCUUCCGACUGCGCGCCUCCUCCUUCGCCAGCAACGGCUCGUGGACCGAGGCGCGCUUCGUGGAGCUGGCGGCGCUGCCCAGCACGGCGGCCGGCGUCAGCAUGCCCACACUCAUCGGCAUCGUCGUCGGCGUCAUCCUCGCCGUCGUCCUCAUCGCCGUCGGCGUCUUCUACGUCUGCCGCAAACGACUGCAGAAGGCGCUGCCCAGUCCGAACGUGGUGUCCAUCAAUCCGGAUUAUUACGCGUAUAAGCCGGACGAGUGGGAGGUGCCCCGGGAGAACAUCGAACGCGGCCGGAAGAUCGGCUCGGGCACCUUCGGCGACGUGUACGAGGGCAUCGCCAAGAACAUCAUCGCCGGCGUCGAGCGCCUCCUCGUCGCCAUCAAGGAAGUGGAUGAGGCCAAAUCGCCGUCGGAGCGCAAUUUCUUCCUACAGGAGGCUUCCAUUAUGAAGAAUUUCCGGUGUCAUCACGUGGUGAAGCUGCUGGGCAUCGUAUCCGAAGGGCAGCCGGUGUGGGUGAUCAUGGAGUACAUGGCCAGCUCCGAUCUGAAGACCUGGCUGCGCAAUCAGCGCCCGGAGGACGACAAACCCGACCGCCGGCCGCCGGCGGUCAGCCGCAUGCUGCAGAUGGCCGGCGAGAUCUGCGACGGGAUGGCCUACAUCCACAGCCGCAAAUUCGUCCACCGCGAUCUGGCCGCCCGCAACUGCAUGGUCGCCGACGAUCUCACCGUGAAGAUCGGCGAUUUCGGGAUGACGCGCGACGUCUACGAGACGGACUAUUACCGCAAGGGCGGCAAAGGAUUAUUGCCGGUGCGGUGGAUGGCGCCGGAGUCGCUGAAGGACGGCCUGUUCACCAGCGAGUCGGACGUGUGGUCGUUCGGCGUGGUGUUGUGGGAGAUUGUGACGCUGGCGGCGCAGCCGUACCAGGGAUUAUCCAACGAGCAGGUGCUGCACUUCGUCCUGGAGGGCCGCCUUAUGCCGCGUCCCGAGAACUGCCCCGACCACAUCUACGACAUUAUGACGCGCUGCUGGUCCUUCCAGGUCCACAACCGCCCCACCUUCCUACAGAUCAUCGAGGGCUUGUUAAAGUUGGCCGUGGUAAAUUGUAGAAUGCCAACGAUAAUUAAUAAAAAAUAAUUACGGCAACUUUGA